UCAUGUUUCGCCUCUACGACACCGAUGGGAACGGCCUCCUGGACAGCUCGGAGCUGGAUCGUAUCAUCAACCAGAUGGUGCACGUGGCCGAGUACCUGGAGUGGGACUCCACCGAGCUGAAGCCCAUCCUGAAGGCGAUGAUGGAGGAGAUCGACUACGACCACGACGGGACGGUGACGCUGGAGGAGUGGAUCCGGGGUGGCAUGACCACCAUCCCCUUGCUGGUCCUCCUGGGGAUGGAGACAAACGUGAAGGAUGAUGGGCAGCAUGCGUGGAGGCUGAAGCAUUUCAGGAAACCUGCCUACUGCAACUUCUGCCGCACCAUGCUGCUGGGGGUGCGCAAGCAGGGCCUCUGCUGCUCCUUCUGCAAGUACACUGUCCACGAGAGGUGUGUGUCCAAGGAUAUCGCCUCCUGCAUCAGCACCUAUGUGAAAUCCAAGAGGAACACGAGUGUGAUGCAGCACACCUGGAUCGAGGGCAAUUCCCCCGUCAAGUGCGACAGAUGCCACAAAAGCAUCAAAUGCUACCAGGGCAUCACCGGUCUGCACUGCGUCUGGUGCCAAGUCACUCUCCACAACAAAUGCGCCUCCCACGUGAAGCCGGAGUGUGACGGGGGCCCGCUGCGGGACCACAUCUUGCUGCCCUCCUACAUCCGCCCCGCUGUCCUGGACAGGCAGUCCCACUGCCGAAAAUCGGAGACCGACUCCCCCGCCAGCACCGGCCCCGAGGACGACCAGAGCCUCAAGUUCAGCCCCACCACGGUGGACGGGCAAGGGCUGCAGAUCAGCCCCCGGCCCGGGACGCACCCCCUCCUGGUGCUGGUGAACCCCAAGAGCGGAGGAAGGCAAGGGGAGCGGGUCCUGAGGAAAUUUCACUACCUGCUCAACCCACGCCAAGUGUACAACCUGGACCGUGGCGGGCCUGCGCCGGGGCUGAGCUUCUUUCGGGACACUCCGGAUUUCCGUGUCCUGGCCUGCGGGGGGGACGGCACCGUGGGCUGGAUCCUGGACUGCAUAGACAAGGCAAACUUGGUGAAACACCCACCGGUGGCUGUCCUGCCUCUGGGAACGGGCAACGACCUGGCCCGGUGCCUGCGCUGGGGAGGAGGCUACGAAGGAGGCAACCUGAUGAAGGUCCUGAAAGACAUUGAGCACAGCACAGAGGUGAUGCUGGAUCGUUGGCAGAUAGAAGUCAUUCCCAGUGACAAAGAGGCCAACGGAGACCCUGUCCCAUCCACCAUCAUCAACAACUACUUCUCCAUUGGUGUGGACGCCUCCAUUGCCCACCGCUUCCACAUCAUGCGAGAAAAGCACCCUGAGAAAUUCAACAGCAGGAUGAAGAACAAGCUGUGGUACUUUGAAUUCGGUACCUCAGAGACCUUUGCGGCCACCUGCAAGAAGCUGCAUGACUACGUGGAGGUGGAGUGCGACGGGACCCUGCUGGACCUGAGCCACGCCUCCCUGGAGGGCAUCGCCGUCCUCAACAUCCCCAGCAUGUACGGCGGCUCCAACCUCUGGGGGGAGACCAAGAAGCAGCGUGGCUACAGCCGGCUGGGCAAGAAAGCCCCGGAGAAGCUGCAUGCCACGGUGGUCACCGACGCCAGGGAGCUCAAGUUCUGCGUGCAGGACCUCAGCGACCAGCUCCUGGAGGUGGUGGGGCUGGAGGGCGCCAUGGAGAUGGGCCAGAUCUACACAGGGCUGAAGAGUGCUGGGAAGAGACUGGCCCAGUGCUCGUCCGUCACCAUCAGGACAUCCAAGCUGCUGCCCAUGCAAGUGGACGGGGAGCCCUGGAUGCAGCCAUCCUGCACUGUCAAAAUUACACAUAAAAGCCAAGUGCCAAUGCUGCUGGGCCCCCCACAGAAAAGCAGCUUCUUUUUCCUGAAAAGGAGAAACCGAACCCGAGAUUAA